GCUCUUUGGACUUGAGCAACAAAUCAUUCGGAAAUAAGCCAAAAUUUCAAGUGUAAUUUUUUUAUAUAAAAAUAAUAAAGAGCACAUCUCAAUAACAUAGUAGUAUUUUAUCAAUUGUAUUUUGCAAAAUUCCAGGUAUUAAUAAAUGGCUAAUCAAGACAAUCAAGGUUUCAGGAAGACGCUUACAGAGACGACCACGAUCUCCGGCGGCCAGAUGCUGGUGACGCAGGAGGAGCGCUGCGAGAGCUUCAGCGCCAACACCACCGCGUGCGGGGCCCCGGUGGCGGGGCCUUGCUUCCCGGCGCCGCCCCCGCCGCCCCCGGCCUGCCUCCCGCAGGCCAUGGAGUGGGAGCCGCUGUGCUUCGUGCCUUACCCCCACCAGCCGCAGCCGCCCCAGCAGCAGGGCUGGUGUCACUUCGCGUGCUUCCCUCAGCAGCCGCAGCUGCAGCCUCAGCCGCCCCCGGCGCUGCCGCCGCCGCCGCCGCCGCCGCCCUUCCAGCUCAAGCUGCACCACGACCAGGCGACCUCCACCACGGACCUGGCGCCCGCCGGCGGCGGAGACGACGAGGACACCCUGAGGCUGUGCUGCGAGGCGCUGGAGGUGAAGUUCACCGUGUGCGAUGACGACAGCGACAGGUACGACAGCGACUGCAGCUCCGACUCCGGCGCCAGCGAGGAGGCACAGGGCAAGUGAAGCCGAGCUGCCUUCACCUGCAACCCCCAGACCCUGUAAGUUCGUUCUAAAUUACACGGCUCAAAAAAAAUUAAUAACUUCCCGUCUA